AUGGCUGAAACAACAGUGGAUUUUCUCAUGGAGAAUUUGAAGCAGCUAAUGCACCAUAAGAUCAAUUUGAAUGAAGAUGAGAAGGACCAGAUUGAAUCUCUUUACGUGGAGUUUAGAUUCUUGAGAAACUUUCUCAAGGAUUGUGAUGAGAAACUCUAUGAACCUAAGCAAGUGAGCAAUUUGGUGAAACGAAUUAGAGAUUUGGCAAACAAGGCAGAAGAUACCAUCGAUUUGUUUGUAGUCAACGUUGUCUUGAAUGUGAAAAUGGGUCAUGUCUGUGAUCGAUCUCUAAAUCUUGGACAUGUCAAAGAGGAGAUUGAGGCUAUUAAAACAGAGUUGGAGAUUUGUGAGAAGCAGAGUCCUGAUAUGGAGGCCAUACAAGAAGAAAAGUCUUGCGGUGGAGAUUUUUCGAGAGUAAAAACCCAAGUAGAUGUAUGGGAGGAAGAAACAGUGGUGGGCUUUGAGGAUGAGGCGAUGAAGCUAAAAGAGAAACUCACAAGAGGACAGAAAAAGCUCGAUAUUAUCUCAAUUGUCGGGAUGCCUGGAUUAGGUAAGACUACUCUUGCUAGAAAAGUGUAUAAUGAUCCCCUUAUCGUAUAUCACUUCUAUAUUCGUGCAUGGAUCACAAUUUCUCAAAAAUACCAAAAGCAGAAUUUGUUAGUUGACCUAAUACAUUCGGUUAGUCCACAUACAAAUUCUAUUGUUGUUGGAAUGAAAGAUUGGGAAUUAUGUGAUGAGCUAUGGAAAAGCUUAAAGGGUAAGAGGUAUCUCAUUGUGAUGGACGAUAUUUGGGACACUAGGGCAUGGGUUGAUUUGAAAAGUUUAUUUCCAAAUGACAAUAACGGAAGUAGAAUUAUGUUCACCAGUCGGUUCACAAAUGUGGCAUUGCAUGCUAAUCCUAGUAGUCCACCUCUUGAUCUUCGUUUCUUAACUGAAGAUGAAAGUUGGGAUCUUUUCCAGCAGAAGGUAUUUCAAAGAGAAAUUUGCCCUCCAAAUUUGAUGUGCGUGGGAAAGAAAAUUGCAAAAAACUGUCAGGGACUACCACUAGCGAUUGUUGUGGUAGGUGGAAUGCUUGCAAAUAGAAAGGAAAUGCCAGGCUGGUGGAAGGAAGUUGAGAAAAUCCUAGAUUCAAGGGUUCUGGAACCAUGCAUGGAAACAUUUGCAUUGAGUUACAACCACUUACCUCAUUAUUUGAAACCAUGUUUCCUCUAUUUUGCAGCAUUUCCACAGGACUUUGUAAUCUAUGUUCAGAAGUUGACACAGUUAUGGAUUGCUGAAGGAUUUAUACGAAAGAUUGAAGGAAGGAGUUUGGAGGAUGUAGCAGAGGAAUACUUGAUGGAUCUAAUAGGUAGAAAUCUCAUAUUAGUUUCAAAGAGAAGGUCUGACGGUGGAAUCAAAGCUUGCAGUAUCCAUGAUCUGUUGCACAAUUUUUGCUGCAAAAGAGCUGAGGAAGAGUAUUUUUUGCAACAAAUUUUGUGUCAAGAUUCUUUUUCCUCUUCUUUAACUUCAAAACAUUCUUCACUCAUGCGUCGUCUAUGCUUUAGUUCAAAUAUUUUUCAAAAAACUGAAGUAAUCCCUUCUGCCUCAAACAUCCGCUCUUGCUUGUGCUUUGUCUCUGACUACAUUCCCUUCAAUUCCCUUCAAUUCCUUAACCAAUGCUUUAAACUUCUUAGGGUGUUGGAUAUGAGUUUGAUAGAUUUUACCGUGUACCCUAGUGAGAUAGAACAACUUGUUCUCUUGAGGUACUUAGCACUUGAUUUUAUGUGGACCCACUUGGCUGGUGAUGUUUCUGUGCGCUGCUUCCCAUCUUCAAUAUCCAACCUCUGGAAUUUAGAAACUUUUGUUCUUCGUACAUCAGUUGAAUAUCUCAAGUUACCACGGAGUCUCUGGAAGAUGGUAAACUUGAGGCAUCUUUCAGUUAGUGGAAGAGGGAUAUUUGUAAUUGAGAGGCCAUAUCCUAAUGAUCACACAUCAUUGGAUAACUUGCAAACUCUCUCAUGUGUAGAUCCUUGGUCUUGCAAGGAUAUCUUGGCAAGGACUCCCAAUCUCAAGAAGUUGGAUAUUCAUGGAGCUAUUAUUCAAUGUUUGGAAAGGUUGAUGUUUCUUGAUAUAAGUUUCCUAAACCAUCUCCAAAAGUUGACAUUGUGUUCCAAACUUGAAGGAUUCAAGUUUAUUAAUCUCAGAAGAAUCAAGUUCCCACCAAAUCUUAAGCAACUAACUUUGAAGGAAGCGUUUAUAGAGUGGGAUGAGAUUUCAAUCCUAGGGAAGGUACUGUCGAACCUGGAGGUGCUCAAAUUAUCAAGUAUUAACUGGUGGGAAUCGGAUUGGGAAACAAAUGAGGUUUUCCCUUGA